AUGUGCGGUCUUUGGUGUGACACUGAUUGGUCAGAAACAACAAUGUUGACAACUACAGCUGUGUACGAUACAAUGAUUGAAUGGCUGUGCCGACGAUAUCUACAAAAACAAAAUAGUGCAAGUCCACAAAAAGGAAGAGAUGCCGUUUAUAAAUAUUGCCAAGAAGAAUUGGCAUUCUUAGAAACGUUGGCUUUUCAGGGAAUGCUAGAAUACACUGUCAUUUUGUCGCCAAAAUUGCUCAAAAAAGCAGAGAAGGAGACCGGAUAUUCCUUAAACGAUCAUCCACAAUUACUCAACAUCGGUAUUCUAAAAUCUUUAGGCUAUACACCAAUUGGUACUUCUAUUGAAUCAGACAAAGCGCAUUACUUUCUUCAUCUCGGCUUCCAAGAACACUUUGCAGCACGAUAUUUGGUAAAAACUUUGAAUGGCACUGCAGAUCAAAAGAAGAAGGCAAUCGAUUUCAUUAAAACCGCUUCGAGUUAA